GUCACACCAAACAUUCCAUUAGCAACGCUCAAACGGCAACAGUCUCAACCAGAAGUAUCAAAACAAAUUAUUAUACCUCCAAGAAGAUCUUGUGAUCCUCGACUGGAUGACGAUGAAAAAUUCAUUAUCAGUGAUCUCGAUCGACGCAUCGACGAUUUUAACAUGCAGCAGGAAGUUAAUAAUUCACAAAUGAAUAAAGCAGAACAGAUGAAAGAAUUGGAAACGAAAUUGGUGACUGAGCAAAGUAAAGCGUCGGAUGGUGAUAAUGACAUAAUGAUAAUAGAUGACGAUCACGAGAAUGAACAGCUUCGAGCACUUCAGAAACGAAUCAGUGAAUUAGAGCAAAUCAACCAACAGCUAUAUGAUUACGCUGCAAAUCUGAUUUUAGAUACUGAAUAA